UUUAUUGGAAAUAUUGCUGAAUAUAUAUCAAUUAAUGUUUGAAGUUUAAAAUAAGAGCAUUAGUAUUAUAUUAGGCGCAUAAAAUGGCGCCAAUUGUGAAGAAUUCAUUAGAUGACACAGAUUCAGGUUCUGAUUCUGAUAGUGGGUCAAGUGCUAGUCGUAGCAAGAGUCCCAGCCCUGCGCCUGGUAAAGAAGGCAGUCAAUCAAGAUCAGUAUCUCGAAGCCCAGCAAAGUCAGGAAGUGAAUCUCCUAAAUCCAACCGCUCUGCUAACUCCAGGAGAUCUUCAAAUGCAUCCAGAAGCAAGUCUAAUUCACCAGCACCAUCCAACCGAUCUCGGUCAGGAUCUGCACAAAGCAACAAGUCUGGAUCAUCAAGAUCAAAUGCCUCUGGUAGCCCCAAACAAAGAGCUUCAAGGUCUAGAAGUGGUUCUCAUAGAUCUCGAUCAGGAUCAGCAAGUGGAAGGUCCCGGUCUGGUACCCCCAAAAGUGGUUCAGCUAGCCCAAAGUCAAGACCGCAGAGCCCAAAAUCUGGUUCUCAGUCACCAAAGUCCAGAUCUCAGAGUCCUAAGUCUCGUUCACAAACCCCAAAAUCAAGGUCUCAAAGUCCAAAGUCUGGGGCUAAAAGUAGGUCAAGAUCAAAGUCAGGCAGUGCAAGUCCUAAGAGUAGAAAGUCUAGAUCCAGGUCUGGGAGCGCUUCUUCCAAGAGUCCGGCGAGAUCUGAUGCACAUGACAGCAGAUCUAACUCUCCAGGUCUUAUGAUUGAUGAUGCACAGACUAAGGAAAAGUCAAAAAGCCGGUCCAGAUCUGGAUCAAGACAAUCUAAGUCUAAAAGCCGUUCGCGAUCACGGUCGAAAAGCUCUGAAGCUGAUGUUGGAGAAAAAAAGAAACGUGCUGUGCUCUCAGACUCGGAAAGCGAUGGCGGAACCAAAGCUACGCCUAAACGCAAGAAGGCAGGUUCUGACAGCGGCUCCGACACCAGUGAUAAACCCAAGAAGAAGUCCAAGAAAAUUGUUGACUCUGAUGAUGAUGAGGAAGGGAAGAAAGAAGAUGGUGAUGGUGUUACGGCAGACGCGCUUUUCGGAGACGCGUCUGACAUAAGUACAGAAGAUGAAGGCGGGGCUGACAAGGCGUCAGAGAAGUCUCGGUCUCGCAGCCGGUCAAGGAGUCGCAGCCGCAGUCGAAGUCCUCAGGAGGCGAGGCCCUCCGGUGACGAGGCCAGGGCUAGUGGAGAUGAGCAAGAACCUCGUGAAAAACCGGAAGAAGAGGAAGAGGUGGAAAUCCCGGAGACCAGGAUCGAUGUGGACAUGCCCAAGAUAUGGACGGAGUUGGGCAAGGAGCUGCAUUUCGUGAAACUGCCCAACUUCUUGUCUGUGGAGACAAGGCCCUACGAUCCUAAUACUUAUGAAGAUGAAAUUGAUGAGGAAGAAACCCUCGAUGAGGAAGGUCGUGCCAGGUUAAAAUUGAAAGUGGAGAAUACGAUGCGUUGGCGCACAGUUUUUGACAAGGAAGGGAACGCGGUGAAGGAAUCCAACGCUCGCAUGGUGAAAUGGUCGGACGGUAGUAUGUCGCUACAUCUCGGCUCUGAAAUAUUCGACGUUUAUAAACAGCCUUUACACGGCGAUCACAACCAUCUAUUCGUCCGCCAAGGUACAGGGUUGCAAGGACAGGCUGUGUUCCGUACAAAGCUUUCCUUCAGGCCUCAUUCCACCGAAUCCUUCACUCACAGAAAGAUGACUCUGUCUCUCGCUGACCGAUCUACGAAGACUUCUGCUAUUAAGAUCCUGUCGCAAGUUGGAGCCGAUCCUGAUGCGGAUAGGAAGUAUCAAUUGAAGAAAGAGGAGAUGGAGCUCCGCGCAGCGAUGCGGUCUCGUGCGUCGACGCGUCCCAAGCGCCGCGGGGGCGGAGCCCGGGCCGCCGCUGGAGGACAGCGCGACGACUCGGAAGACGAGGGCGGCGUCUCACUCGCCGCUAUCAAGAACAAGUACAAACAGGGCCAGAAAGCUUCAGCAGGCGCGGCGAUAUACUCAUCUGAAUCAGAUGGUUCCGAUGUGGAGACGCGUCGAGCUCGUCGUCUCGACCGGGCCAAGGCACUAAAAGACUCUGAUGAUGAAGGCAGUGACCAUGCAGACCAGAACACACCUAGAAGAACCAGCAGCGCCAGCGGCUCUGGCAGUGGAAGUGGCAGCGAGUAACAUUAAAUUACCGAAACGAUACACUUUUUAAAUUGAAGGAAAUUAUCUACAAUAUCGCAUGUUUAAUAGAAAAUAGAACUAACUCAUAAAAUAUGGUAUUUCGAAAUUGAACCUUAUUAAUGAAACAUAAUUUUUGAGAUUCAAAUACCUGUUUUUUGUGUUAAGCUUCUUUUUUAUUAAGCACACGAUAUGUACUUUGAUGACAUUUAACCUUGAAAGACUGGUUUGAUAAAGAAAAUUGAUCCUUAUUCUUACGACUUGAAGUUGGUCUAAAGAGAUCGUGUCUGUACAUAAGAAUAGGAUCAUUAUUCAUAAACAAAGGAAUCUUAACUUACCAUUUGCUCUAAAGGUUUGAUAAAAUAACAUCAAUAUUUCACCAGAAUUGUGUUACAAGUCUCAUGUAAUAAGACACUAGCCUACUCACGUUGCAAAAGACACAAAUAUUACUUAAUCCAUACUCCAAUUUAAUGAUUAUUUAAACAAUAUCUUCGUAACGACUUUUUGAGGGGACAAAUCAUCAAAUUACUUCUUUCGCCUACGGUGAGGCGAGAGGGAUCGGCUCGACUGGAGUAAUACCACGGCCUCACUGAAAACUGGCGUGAAACAACCACAGCGUUGUGUUUCGCCGUAUGAGUGAGGUUACCGGAGGCCCAAUCCUUCCCCUCCCCCAAUCUCAAAAUCUCCAAAAUUAUAAUCCCUAAAAGGUCGGCAACGCACACGUAACUCCUUUGCUGCGGGUGUCCAUGGGCGGCGUGAUCGCUUACCAUCAGGUAAUCCGUCUGCUCGUUUGCCGACUUAUUACAUAAAAAAGGGAGUGCCAGACUUACUGACGAAAAAGCCUGCCUGAAUAUUAGCCCUGUUAGGCUAACACACCACUACUAUAUGAAUGUUUGAGGCAAUCAAAAUGACUCUGAGUACGGAAGUUUAAUUCUUAGUAGGUAGUCGUACCUACGUACGUAUUUGCUCGGUCCCUCGGAUGUAAAGUUUAGACAAAGCAUAGUUUAAGAUCAUAAGAAUUUCAUGAAAGACUUCAUAUAAUGAAUGUAAUAUUUAGUAAAUUUCUGACAAAACCAACUGUAUUGCGUGACUUUUACGUUAGACACGUUAAAAUUAAGUAAGUUGUAAAUAUAAUUAGUUACUCAAAUAAUUGUUGUUGUUUUUAUUCUCAAAUGUUUGCUAUGCCCGUUGUUCACUAGAGUCGCAUAAGGACCCUAAGUAACAGUGUCGGCGUAAGGGCCAUUGAUACCCCGGGCGAAAAUAUUGUGGCGCCUACUUGUGGGAAGCAAUUACCAAGUGUUAGCUCUAUGCUGAUCACAAGUAAAAUUAAAAAAAAAAUCUUAAUGAAAAAUAUGCAUAUGCAAAGAGCGUAGAAUACAGUUCUAGGGGUUUGCACCAGGAGAGGAAGAGACACCAACUUCAGGCCUUGGCGUCCUCAG